AUGAAGAGAAACUGUUUGAGUCAAGCGACACCGUACUCGAUCAACUUAAAGAGUGAGCGAGUCGUUCAUUAUCGCGUAAUUAUUUCUGAUGGAACUGGAGCGUGUCUUUUUGAUAGCACAAAGCAGAAGUAUUACUUUGAGAUUGGAUCAGCAGCUCAGCCAGCACCACCAUCAUUCCUCUAUGUUAAUCAGUAUAUUAAAGAUGUGGUGAAAAGAGAAGAUGAUCAAGAAGAUGACGUUUAUCACAUGGCAUCCGAAUGA